UCCAGGAGAAGACAGAGGAUUGUAGCCCUCAGACAGUCACUCCUGCAGGUAAACAACAGUCUCUGAACAUGGACGACGACGUGACAGGAGCCCAGCUGAUUGCUGAGUCUCUGAAGGCUCAGAAAGUGGAGUACAUGUUUGGGAUCGUCGGUGUUCCUAUCAUGGAAGUGGCCAUGGCUGCUCAGGCUGCAGGGAUCAAAUAUGUGGGAAUGCGCAACGAACAAGCGGCGUGCUAUGCAGCAUCUGCCAUUGGAUACCUCACUGGGAGACCAGGUGCCUGCCUGGUGGUGUCUGGACCUGGACUCAUUCAUGCUCUGGGUGGAAUGGCCAACGCUAACAUGAACUGCUGGCCGGUGGUUGUUAUUGGAGGCUCCUCAGAUCAAAACCAGGAAACAGCAGGAGCCUUUCAGGAGUUUCCUCAGGUGGAAGCAUGUCGCCUUUAUAGCAAGUUUUCUGCCAGACCCAGCAGUCUUGCAGUCAUCCCUUCAGUGAUAGAGAAGGCAGUUCGUACCAGCAUAUAUGGACGUCCAGGUGCUUGUUAUGUGGAUAUAGCAGGGGACAUGGUCAAUGCUAAAGUGGAAAGGAGCCAAGUCAGAGUUGUGUCCUGCUGUCCACCUCCACCUGUGAGUUUGGCUCACCACGGUGCAAUCACUGAUGCCAUAUCUGUUUUGAAAGCAGCUAAAAGACCCUUAGUCAUCAUUGGCAAAGGAGCAGCCUAUGGCCGAGCAGAAACUGCCCUGAAGGAGUUUGUUGAAAUGACUGGUCUGCCAUUUCUGCCCACCCCCAUGGGGAAAGGGGUCCUACCUGAUGAUCACCCCAACUGUGUGGCUGCCGCCCGCUCAAGAGCUCUUCUCCAGGCUGACGUUGUGCUUCUGCUUGGAGCCAGGCUGAAUUGGAUGCUACAUUUUGGUCUGCCACCUAGAUUUAACCCCGAUGUCAAGAUCAUACAGACUGACCUUUGUGCUGAGGAAAUGGGAAACAAUGUGAGUCCUGCUGUUGCUCUCCUAGGAGACAUCAACGCUAUUGUCACUCAGCUCCUGGAGGUCGCCCGUGAAGAUGGCUGGAAAUAUCCCUCUGAUACAGAGUGGUGGAGCACACUGAAGGACAAAAUUGUUGCUAAUGCAAAAAUAUCGAAGGGGCUCGCUCUUCAGUCGACAGUGCCCCUGAACUACUACACAGUGUUUCAUCACGUUUCCCAGCUGUUGCCACAUGACUGUAUCAUCGUCAGCGAGGGCGCAAACACUAUGGACAUAGGACGCACUAUGUUGAACAACUACCUACCUCGACACAGGUUGGAUGCUGGUACGUUUGGAACAAUGGGCGUGGGCCUUGGCUUUGCUAUAGCAGCAGCCGCUGUGGAGAGGAGCGAGCAUACAAACCAAAGGAUAGUCUGUGUGGAAGGAGACAGUGCCUUUGGAUUUUCUGGCAUGGAAGUUGAAACCAUGUGCAGGUACAAUCUACCUGUGGUCAUCAUUGUGGUCAAUAAUAAUGGCAUUUACAGCGGAGUGGAUCCUGAGACGUGGAAAGAAAUGGCAAAAAUGGGGGAUCUGACCUCUAUAGCCCCUCCUGUGACCCUCCUACCUGAGGCACGCUAUGAUGAGGUCAUGACAGCGUUUGGAGGUCGAGGGUUCCUGGUGAGGACGGUGGAGGAGCUGUGCAGUGCUCUACAGCUCAGCCUGAGUGACUGGGAGAGGCCAAGUCUCCUAAAUGUGCUCAUUGACCCUUCCUCCGACAGGAAACAGCAGGAGUUCCCAUGGCUCACACGCUCCAACUUAUAGACUGAAGUGGGAUCUGCCUCCUCUUCUGUCCAUAACAUUAUCAGAACAGCAAUAACUGUUUUCCUCAGGAAACUCAAACUGGGAAAAUAUAUAUAAAUAUUUUGUGAUUGUUUCCAUGAAAUAACUGAAUACUUUUUUUUUUUUUUAUUAAUUCUGACUACACAGUAGUAUUAAAAUGAAAGAAAUAAUUAAAAAUAACAAUAAAACAUUUUUACACAUACGCUGAA